GCAGUGCCUGGCACAUGGGAUGGUAGCUGCUCCUGUCACUUGGGACAGGAGGCCCUGUUGCCUGCAGCUUGCACAUGUUGAGGCAGCAUGGAGCAGUGUGCUUGUGUGGAGAGAGAACUGGACAAGGUCCUGCAGAAGUUCCUGACCUACGGGCAGCACUGCGAGCGAAGCCUGGAGGAGUUGCUGCACUACUUAGGCCAGCUGCGGACUGAACUGGCCAGCGCAGCUCUCCAGGGUACCCCUCUGUCAGCCACCCUGUCCUUGGUGAUGUCCCAGUGUUGCCGGAAGAUCAAAGACACUGUCCAGAAACUGGCCUCGGACCACAAGGACAUCCACAGCAGUGUGUCCCGCGUGGGCAAAGCCAUUGACAGGAACUUUGACUCGGAAAUCUGUGGGGUGGUCUCCGACUCGGUGUGGGACUCACGAGAGAAGCAGCAGCAGACCCUGCAGACGGCCAUCGUGGAGCACCUGUACCAGCAGGGCAUGCUCAGCGUUGCUGAGGAGCUCUGCCAGGAAUCAACCCUGAGUGUGGAUUUGGAUUUCAAGCAGCCCUUCCUGGAGCUGAACCGCAUUCUGGAAGCUCUACACGACCAAGACCUAGGCCCUGCGCUGGAGUGGGCUGUCUCCCACAGGCAGCGCCUGCUGGAGCUCAACAGCUCCCUGGAAUUCAAGCUGCACCGACUGCACUUUAUCCGCCUCCUGGCUGGGGGCCCUGAGAAGCAGCUCGAGGCGCUCAGCUACGCCCGACACUUCCAGCCCUUUGCCCGCCUGCAUCAGCGGGAGAUCCAGGUGAUGAUGGGCAGUCUUGUGUACCUGCGCCUGGGCCUGGAGAAGUCUCCCUACUGCCACCUCCUGGACAGCAGCCACUGGGCGGAGAUCCGCGAGACCUUCACCCGGGAUGCCUGCUGCCUGCUGGGGCUCUCGGUGGAGUCCCCCCUCAGUGUCAGCUUUGCCUCUGGCUGCGUGGCGCUGCCCGUGCUGAUGAACAUCAAGGCUGUGAUUGAGCAGAGGCAGUGCGCCGGCGUCUGGAGUCACAAGGACGAGUUGCCGAUUGAGAUCGAGCUGGGCAUGAAGUGCUGGUACCACUCGGUGUUCGCCUGUCCCAUCCUUCGCCAGCAGACCUCAGACUCCAACCCUCCCAUCAAGCUCAUCUGUGGCCACGUCAUCUCCCGGGAUGCACUCAACAAGCUCAUUACUGGAGGGAAGCUCAAGUGCCCCUACUGUCCUAUGGAGCAGAACCCAGCAGAUGGGAAACGCAUCAUUUUCUGAUUCCUGCCCGAAAGGACUUGGUUGGAAAGGCUUUUCACAGCCUGGGACCCCAUUCAGAGCACCUGGCUGAAGUGGGGCCUCAGGCAGAAGCUUGGAAGGCAGGCACACCGCCCUGCUGGCCUCUGUCCUACUUUGUUUGCAGCUGAUUUAGCAAGCCAGAGUAGCAGAGGCACUGGCCACCAGCAGCAGAGAUGUUUCUAGCCCUGCCCUGGAUCUUUCCCUGCCAGGCCAAGGCUUGUCUGCUCCUGCCCCACAGCCCGGGGUGGCCUGCUGUGGCUUGGUCGUGCAGCCAUUCCCCAUUGUAAAUAGCACACGGCAGAGCUGAAUGCCACUGUUUUAUAACUGAGCAAAUAUAUUCAUAGCCUUCUCCUUA